ACUGGCUUACGCCCUUAACCUUUUGAAUGAAGAAAAGUGGCUUCCGCAGUUGCGCACUUUCGCAGAAGACUCUAUCGCUUCGAGAUCACAAUGGCAGGUCGCAGAGUAGCCCUCAAAGCCAUCGACUGGGUGUCGUUCGCCGAGCGCAUCCCAGCCAACCAGAGGAGCAUGUUCAACGCUCUGAAGACCCGCAGCGAUGCCAUCUCUGCCAAGCUAACUUCUCUGCCACCGACCCCUGUCGUCAUUGACUGGAGCCACUACAAGACUAACGUGGCCAAGGCCGGCAUGGUGGACGAGUUUGAGAAGAAGUUCAAGGCUCUGCAGAUCCCUGAGGCUGCGGACACCCAGACCAGUGUAAUCACUGCACAGGAAGCAGAGUCUAACAAGAAUGCAUUGGCCUACGUUGAAGAAUCCAAGGUCCGCAUUGCUCAGUAUGAGGCACAGCUGGCCAAGUUAACCAACAUGAUUCCCUUCGACCAAAUGACUGUCGAGGAUCUCAAUGAUACUUUCCCAGAGACCAAGCUGGACAAGGUCAAGUACCCAUACUGGCCACACAAGCCCAUUGCUGAGCUGUAAUCAUACCCACCUGGAACCUCUCACAAUAAAUAUGUAUUUUAAAUGUCAAUCUUCUCUUUUUUUCUUUACUUCUCUACGUAUAUGACACGAAUUGCUUAUUCACUGCACUGCAUGUAUGAAUACCUGACCUCGAGAUUAUGGUAGACCGACCGGUUCAUUUUAGUGUUAUUGUCUUUUGCCACCAGGGGAGGGUAUGGGCCCAAAUUGUAAUUAUAAUAAACACAUUUACUUCUAAAGUGAUUCGAUUUUGACCCACAGUUAAUCUAUGUCUUGUUG